AUGAUUGGAUUAAGAUCAGUUAUCAAAAACUCCAAAACUACAGUCAAUGUAGUAAGAAGUUAUUCAACAAAUAAUUCAACCCUUUUAAAUAUUUCAAGAUUAGUCGACGGUUAUAGAAAUCAUGGUCAUUUAGCAGCCAAUAUUGAUCCAUUAGCAAGAAUGGAAAGAGUUAGAAGUGAACUUUUAAAUUUAGAUAGAUACAAUUUAAACAAGGACUUAGAAAUCCCAUCAGUUAAAGAAAUUAUUAAAUUGGACGUAGAUACCAUCGAUGAGGUUGUUCAAUUCCUUGAAAAAGCUUAUUGCGAUGACGUCACAGCACAAUUUUCUCACAUCGAAUCAGUUGAAGAAAAGGAAUGGCUUUAUGAAAAAUUUGAAAGUAUCCAAAAUGAAACAAUUUCAAAUGAAUCAAAAGUAGAAAUCUUAAAAAAUUUAAUUAAAUCUGAAGUUUUUGAUCACUUUAUGCAAAAGAAAUUCCCAACUUUUAAAAGAUAUGGUUUAGAAGGUAAUGAAUCUAUGAUGGUAUCAUGUGAUGCAAUUUUUAAAGAAUCAGCCAAAAGCCAAUUAAAGAAUGUUGUUAUUGGUAUGCCACACAGAGGUAGAUUAAAUCUUUUAGUGCAAAUGUGUAAAUACCCAGCUAAAGAUUUCUUUUGGAAAGUUAAAGGUAAUUCAGAAUUUGACGAAAAUACAAUUGGUCUUGGUGAUGUUACUUCACAUAUUGCAGUUAGUAGUGAUUUAGAGUUUAAUAAUGGUGAAAAGGUUCAUGUUUCUCUCAUUCAUAAUCCAUCACAUUUAGAAGCAGUCGACCCAGUUGCUGCAGGUAAAACUCGUGCUAAACAAUUCUAUGAAGCUUCCAAUGGUGGUUCAGAGUCACUUUGUUUAAUGUUACAUGGUGAUGCUGCUGUUGCUGGUCAAGGUGUUGUAACAGAAACUCUUCAACUUUCUCAACUCCCAGGUUUCACUAUUGGUGGUUGUAUUCAUGUUGUUGUUAAUAAUCAAAUUGGUUUCACUACUAUUCCAAGUAAUGGCCGUACCAAUCGUUACAGUAGUGAUAUUGGUAAAUAUAUUGGUGCCCCAAUUAUUAUUGUAAAUUCCCAAUCACCAGAACAAGUUGAAAAGGUUAGCAGAUUAGCUGUCGAAUAUCGUCAACGUUUCAAAAAAGAUAUUGUUAUCGAUUUAAUUGGUUGGAGAAAAUUCGGUCACAACGAAGUCGAUGAGCCAGCUUUCACACAACCAACAAUGUAUGAUAACAUUCGUAGAAGACAAUCAAUUCCACAAAGAUAUGCAACUAAGAUCAUUUCUGAAGGUAUCUAUAGUGAAGCUGAACUCGCCUCAUUCACCCAAGCUGAAAAAGAUGCUCUUGAAGCCCAAUUCCAACUUGCACAACCAGAAAACUUUAAAUAUUCACCAAUGGAUCAUCUCCAAGGCAAAUGGAGCGGUUUAAUUCAAUCUAAAACUAUUCAAAACGAUGCUAAAUUAGAUACCGGUUAUAACGUUAAAGAGCUCGAACAAAUCGCUCAAGAUUCAGUUAAAGUUCCAGCUGAUUUCAGUGUUCAUCAAAGAUUAAAUCGUUCAUUCGGUAAUGCUCGUCUUGAUAAAUUAAAAUCAAAUUUAGCUGAUUGGGCCACUGCUGAAUCUAUGGCUGUUGGAUCACUCAUGAAACAAGGUUAUAAUGUUAGAAUUUCAGGUCAAGAUGUUGGUAGAGGUACAUUUAGUCAAAGACAUUUCAAUUUACAUGACCAAGCUACAGAUCGUGUUUAUCAACCACUUAAUAAUAUGGGUGCUUCAGGUAAAUUAGAGGUUGUUAACAGUAAUCUUUCAGAAUUUGCAGUCUUAUGUUACGAAUAUGGUUAUUCAUUAGAAUCACCAAAAACUCUUCCAAUUUGGGAAGCUCAAUUUGGUGAUUUUGUAAACACUGCUCAAGUUGCUGUUGAUCAAUUUAUUUCAGGAAGCGAAGCCAAAUGGUUACGUCAAAGUAGUAUCGUCCUUCUUUUACCACAUGGUUAUGAUGGUGCUGGUCCAGAACAUUCAUCAUGUCGUAUUGAGCGUUUCCUCCAACUUAGCGAUACCGAAGCUGUUAAUGUAAGAGAUGAAGAGCUUGUAAACAAAGAAACCAAUUUCUACUUUAUCAAUCCAUCAACCCCAGCAAAUUAUUUCCAUGCUCUUCGUCGUCAAAUGAUUCGUAACUAUCGUAAACCAUUAAUUGUUGCUGGUCCAAAAGUUUUACUUCGUCACCCAGCCUGCUUCUCUCCAAUCGAAGAUAUGGCACCAGGUACCCACUUUGAAACUGUUCUUAGCGAUCCAGAUACCGUUAGUAACCCAUCAGCCAUUAAACGUGUUAUUUUCUGCAGCGGCAAAAUCUUUUAUGAUCUCCAAGAAGAAAGAAAAGCCAAAAAUAUUCAAGAUGUUGCUAUCGUUCGUUUAGAACAAAUUGCUCCAUUCCCAUAUGAACGUGUACAAGAAGAAAUCAAUCGUUACAGUAAUGCCACCAAAUUUGCCUGGGUCCAAGAAGAACAACAAAAUAGUGGUGCUUGGUCAUUUGUUGAACCACGUUUCAAACAACGUUUCGAUCAAACCUCAAAUAUUAAAUAUAUUGGCAGACCACCUUUAGCUGCCCCAGCCACUGGUAUCUCAACUAUCCAUAAAAAAGAAACCGCCAAAUUAUUAGUUGACGCUUUUUCUUUUUAA